AUGAUUUACAAAAAAUUAAAAGAAUAUGUUCAUUCAACCUUUUUUCAAGCUCUAGAUCCUUUUUUUGAGAAUGUGCAAUAUAAAGUGUCUUCUCAAAAUAAUAUCCUUAAAUAUAAAAAUUUAAAAUUAAAAAAAAAUAUAUUGAAACAAUAUGGAUUUAAUAUAAAUGAAGGAUAUAUUGAUGAACUUCAAAUUAAAAUACCUCAUUUAUAUAAAAUGGAUGGAAUAGAAAUAAACAUAAAUAACAUAAUUAUUUUAGUUAUCCCUAUAAGCUUAGAAAAAAGUGAUAGAUUGAAGAUUUACGAAGAAGCGAUAAAUGAUAGAAAAAAAAUAUUAGAAAGCUUGUAUGAAGAAUUUAGAAAAAUACAUGUAAAUAAUAAUAUUAAUAACAAUCAUUUUACUACUUUACUAAUGAAUAAUAUACAGUCAUGGGUACUUACAAAAUUAAAAGUUAAAAUUAAUAAUAUUCAUUUAAGAUAUGAAGAUGAUAAUGUUGAUAAAAUGCAUAGUUUAGGAAUUAUAAUUCCAUCUAUUAUAUACGAUAAUGAAGAAAGUGACACAACAAUAUUUAAAAGUAACAACAAUAAUGUUAAAAUAAAUGACAAUGAUAAUAAAGGAGAGAAUUUUGAUAAAAAUAAAAUAUUUCAAUUUUCUCUAGGUAUUUACUAUAAUGAUAAAUGUAAACUGUUUUUUAAAAAUCAAAAUAAUAAAAUUCCUUUAUUACUAUGUAUAAAAGAAAUAUGUUAUUUAUAUAACAUAAAAUAUGAAGAAAUAGAAGAAACAUUUAUCAAUAAAUAUAUUAUUAAUCUGGAUAAGAAUUCACCCUUAAUUAAAAAACAGAAAUUCCAGAGUAAAAAAUUAGAAAAAUUAGUAUUCAAUACACAAGAAACAAAAAUAAAAAAAAAAUGUAAGAAAUCUAGAAAGAUAAAAAUAGAAUUUGAUUUUAAAUUUAUAUUAAAGCCCCAAAUAUUUAAAAUUACUGUCCUUAACAAUAGUGACAUAUUUAAAAAUAAAACAGAAAUAAAAUUUAAUAUACCACAUCUUUAUUUUAAUAUAAGUAGUGAAUUUUUAUUUAGUAUUGUGAAUAUUUAUAGGCAUAUAAAAAUGUCUUUUAUCUAUAAACAAAACAUAGUUUAUAAUCGUGCUAUAAUGAAAGAAGAAAAAAGAAAACGCAAAAUGGAGUAUACAAAAGAGAGGAGUAAAAGUUUCCUUUUUUUAAAUAAAAUAAAAAAAAACUUGAAAAGUAGCUAUAUCAACUCAAAUAGCUACUAUAAUAUAAUUCAUAAUAUACAACAUAAAGUAGAAAAAACACAUUUAAGAAAUACCUUUUUAAAAACUAAAAGAAAAAAUGAAAUUGACAAUUAUGAUUAUUCAAAAAAAGAUGAUAUAAAGGAUUUCAACUUAAAAAAAAAUAAUAAUUACCCAUAUUUAAAUAAAGAGUAUUUUAAAAAAGAAUAUUUAAAAGAAAAAAACAAGAAAAGUAAUUCACAUCUCAUAAAAAAUCCCAAUGAAGGUGUCUGUUUUUUAAAAGGUAGCUACUCUAAGAAUUUGCCUCAUUUUAUUGAUGAUAAAGAACAGUUAAUUAAAAUAGAUGUUCUUUAUUCAAAUAAUGAGAACAAAGAAUGUGAGAGUCAUUUUCAUAAUUUAAAAAACAACAUUUAUGAAAAAGAUAAUUAUAGUCAUGAAAAUGUGAACAUUAAUACUAAUGAAAAAAAUACAAAAGAAAUAAAUAGAAAUAGUUUUAAAUGGUUUGACAUUCAAAAAGAUAAAUUAAAAGAUAAAAUAACUAAUUUUCUUAAAAAUAAAAUAUUAAAAGAUUAUAUAAAUAUAUUUAAAAGAAAAGAAAAAAUUAGCUCAAAUGAAUUUACUUCAUCAUCUUCAAAUUCCUUUAGUAACUCUAAUUUUUCAAAUGUAAAUUCCAAUAUAAAUGAGAAGGAUAAAGAAGAAUAUUCACUAUGUAAAAAAAAAUUAGAAAAAGAGGUAUUCAAAAAAUAUAAAGAUGAUAUUUUUGAUAAUUUAAAAUAUCAAAGGUUUCCAAAAAAUAAUAGAAAUACUGUAAGUGAAUUAAAUUUAUACAGUUCUUUGAAACCAUUGUAUGAAAGCGAAAAAAUUAAUAAUAAAAAAAAAAAAAAAAAAAAAAAAUAUAGGGAUUUGUGGAUAUGUGCAUAUAGAAGCGUGAGAAAAAUAAUAGAUUUAAAAAAUAUAAAAAAAAAUUUAUUUAAUAAAAAUGUAUUAAGCUUAAUAAAAAAGUAUAAUGACUUUAUAUAUUAUUUUAAGCUAUUUAUUUUUUAUAAAUAUAUAAAAUAUAAUAUUCCCAAAAAAAUAAAUAAAAAAAUAAAUGAAAUUCUAGUUGAUUUAACAAUACCUAACGAAUUAAUAAUAUUAUGGAAAGCAAGUUUACUUUUAAAUGUAUAUAGUUUAGAUAAAACUUAUCAAAGAAAGGAUUUCUUUUAUAUGUAUAGCUUAUUUAUAAAAAAUGUAAGAAACAUAAGAAAUAAUUUAAAUAACAAAAAUAACUAUAUAGAUAAAAUUAAAAGCACUUUUACUGGUUAUAAAGAAAAUGUUUUCAAUCUAUACAAAAAUGAUGUAAAGGAUAUAAAUUAUAAGCAAGAUGAACUCGAAAAUAGUAGUAAUAUAGAAAAAACAUAUAUGAACUUGAACAAAAAAUAUGAAAAAAAUAUAGAAUAUUUCAUUAUUCGAAUUAAUAUUGAAAAAAUAGAGAUUUUUUUUCAUUUGAAAUAUUCAUCUCAAGAUUCCAUUAUUUAUUAUGAUAAGAAUCAUAUUGUUUUAAGCAAAAACAAUUUUAAUAAAAUUUAUAAAACAAAGGAAAAUGUAAAAAGUCUAAAAAAAAAUUACAAAAUAACGAAAAACGAAAUAUAUUAUGAUAAAAAGAACAUACAGAAAAAUAGAAUAAAUGAUAAAAAAAAUGAUAUUUAUGAAAAAUUGAUUAAUAAUGAAAGUUUUCUAGAGAAAAGAGGUUUCUUAUUCGAUGAUUUGUUUCUGAAAAAGGAUAGAUAUAAAUCUUUUUCUUUAAGUUCAUCUUAUAAGUCAAACAAAUGUAAAAAUUUUAAUAUAUUAAAAAAAAUGGAUUUAGAAAAUAAGUAUGAUGAGAAUUUAAAUAAGGAAAGAAUAAAUAGUAAAAAAGGAAAAAGUAAAAAAAAAAUAAAAAAUACGAAUGAGAAUAAAAAGAAAAAAAAAAAAUUCAAUUAUAAUAAACCUUUAUACACAAAUAUGAAUAACAACUUAAUUAUUUCAUUAUAUGGAAUUCAAAUAGAUAUCGAAAAGAAUAUAAAAGAUGAAGGAAAUUUUGUCUUUUUUUCUAAAGUAAAAAAUAUAUAUAUUGGAGAAUACUUUAAAUGUAUAUAUAAAAAUUUUUAUUUAACCCCUAUUUUAUAUUAUAAAAUAGUUAAAGAAAAAAAUAAAAAAUAUUUAAAAAAAUUCAGCAAAACAGUUUCAAAUAAUUCGUAUAAAUGCAGUUUAAUUUAUAUUAAAAAUAAAUAUUCCAACAUAAAAUUUCUUACUUCUGAUCAUUCUGAAAUUAUUUCAAACAAUACAAAUUCAUUAACUAUAGAUUGCAGUAAAAAUUUUAAAAGUAAACGUUUUACAAAAAAAUAUAAUGGAGAUUCUUAUAACUCAAGUAAAUUUGUAAAAUGCAAGCAAUUAGAUCAUCAAUUAUCAUCAAAAUUAAGUGAUAGCUAUUUAGUUAAAAAUAAUUUUAAAUCAACAAGAAAUAAAAAAAUGUAUGAUCACAACAAUCAUACUUAUGAAAAUAAAAAAACAAUUUCAUCUAUAUAUCAAAAUAAAGAUAUAUUUUUUGAAAAAUAUGGGUAUGCUAAUAGUGCUGAAAAUGAAAAUGUUCAUGAUUCAAAAAUUUAUCUAAAUUCAUUUUGCAAUGAAGAUUCAAGUUAUGAAAACUAUGAAGAUAGUUAUUUAAACGAGAGAAAUGCUUUUAAUGUAAAUGGAAAAAAUUUUCAAAUAAAUUUCAAAAAAAAAUGUUAUAAUUUAGAUUCAUUUGGAAAAAGAAUGAAUUUUACUAAUUAUAUAGAAUCAAAUAGUGAAAACAAGAAUAACCACCAAAAAGAAGUAACUAGAAAUAAAUAUCAAACAAAUGAUAAUGAGAAAAAAAGCGAUAGUUUUAAAAAUUUAAAUGAAAACAAUAUAUCCAUGAAUAAGCAUGUAGAACAAUCUAUGAAGCACAAGUACUACAAUAAAAAUUCGGAAUUUUUAGCAUUAAGACAAAAAGAAAAAAAAAAAGAAAAAAAAGGAUUUUAUGACACAAAAAAAUUGAAAAAUAUGAAUGAAAUAACAAAUUAUUUUUUUUCUUUUCAAAUAAAAAAUGGUACUAUUAUUAUUGAUAUAAGUUUUCCUUCUAUCAGCAUUUGCUCUGAAAAUUAUAUUAUUUUAAAUAACUUUUUAGAAUUAUAUAAACACAAUUCUAAACUAUACUUCAACAAUAAAGUUUCUUAUAAAGAAGACAUUUUCACAGCUUUUGAAAUAAAUUAUGAAUUAUAUAAAAGUUCCUGUAAAGUUCUUCAAAAUAUAAAUUCUCAUAUUAAUUUAUUAGAUUAUUUAAAUAAAAAUCAGAUAGAUGAAAAUUGCAAUAAUUUUUAUUACUCCGAAUUAUCUAAUAAUGAAGAUAAUAAAAAAAUCUUUAAUUCAGUCAAAAAUAAUAGCAGAAAAAGUUCAUUAAUUUUUAAUAAACUUGAAGAAAAUAGUAAUUUUCGCAAAAUUGAUGAAGAUUUAAAAAAAACAUAUAAAUAUCCUUUUUACAAUGAUUUCAAAUAUAAAUUAUCUAAAGAUAAAAAAAAAGAUAUAAAAAUAAAUAUUUAUAAUUUAAAAAUUAUUAUUUUGUCAUUUCCAUACCAAAGCAUGUAUAAUAAAAUUCAAGAAUAUAUACAUAUUCAAAAUUUAACAAAAAAAGAAAAACAUUUAUACUUAAUUAAUAAUAUAAUCAAUAGCAAAAGGCUUUGUCUAAAUAACCCUUCUCUUAUUUUAUACAUUAAUAAGAUAACUGUAAAUUCUUCUUUCUAUAAAGCUAAUAGAUACAUUAAAAUAGAUAUAGUGAGAAUUUUAGCUAUGUUAUUUAAUAAAUAUAAAAAUUUCAUAAAUGUUUACAAUUUAUAUCUUCAAAAAAAUUAUAUUGAUUUACAUCAAAAAAUGCAUAGAUUAAAUCAAAAUAAAACUGAUUCAAAUGAUGCUUUUGUUUAUAAAAAAAAAAUGCCAAACGUAUAUCAGAAUGAUGAUACUUUGUCAUUUACUAAAGAAAGUAACGAAGAAGAAAAAGAAAAAAUGAAAAACAAUAUUCAAUGUGAUAAUUUAAAAAAAAGUUCAGAUAGAUUUUCAAAAAACGAGAAAUUAUUAAAAAAAAGUUUUACUGAAAAUAUGGAUAAAAGUCGGAUUCCCAUUUUUGAUGAUAAUAAAAACUAUUCUAAUAAUUUUUUUCAUAAAAAUGGGUAUAGUGAUUUUCUCGAUGAAUUUAUAGAGAAUAAUUACUUUAAAAAAAAAAAAAACAUUUCAUCUGAAGUUAGUUAUAACAGCUUUUUAGUUAAUAAAGUAGAAAGCAAGAAGAAAAGUUUAUACGAUUACGCAAACAAAUAUAAUGACUAUAACGAAAAGUAUAUCCUUUCUAACAAUUCAGAUUAUAACGCCAAUUCUUCUCAUAUAUAUGGUAGUUUUUAUGAUUUAAAAAAUUCUGUUAGAAAAAUAAGGGCAGAUAAAGAAACUUUUUCCAUAGAACAAAAAAAAAAGUCUUCUAAUUUUACAAAAUUAAAAAUUGGAAAUGAAAAUAAGGAAAAAAGUAGAUUUUUUUUUAAAUGUUUGAAAGAUAAAAAGUUGAAAUCAUAUCUUAAUUAUUCAUACGAUAUAAAUAUGAAUUAUUUUUUUUUUUUGUUUCAAAAAAAAUCUUUUAAAAAUAUUCUCUUUUAUUUUAAUGUACAAAUAAUAUAUAAUAAUUACACUGGUCAUAAUAAUAGGGGUGAUUUAAUAGAAAAGGUUCUAGAAAUUCAUUUAAAAAAUGGAAAAAAUGCUUUCAUAAAUUUCAGCUUAUCAAAUUUGAAAAAAUUAUUUUAUAUAUAUAAUAAAGUGAAAUACUUUAUAACAUUAUAUCAUAUAUUUAAAAAAUAUAUUUAUGUAGUAAAUUAUGAUUUAAGUUUAUCAUACAUUAAUAAUAAAUUUAUUUGUUUUGACUAUUUAAAUAUAUUCGGCAUAAGGAAGCUAAAUACUUUUUGCAAAAAUAAUUCAAAUAAAAAAUUCUUUAACAAAAAAAAAGAAAAAGACAAAAUGAAUAAUUCAUAUCAAGGUAAGUUGAAGAAUGAAAAUAAAAUAAAAAUUGAGAAUAAUAUUGAAAGUAAAGAUAAGGUGGAGAAUAAUGAUAAUAAUAAAAGUAAGGAUAGUAAUGAAUGUAAAAGUACGAAUGAUUAUAAAAAGAAAAAGAAAAAAAGAAAAUUUGUUUUAAAUAAAUCACUUAUAAUGUCAUCGGAAUAUUAUCCAUAUGUGUUUUUGAGGAAUUGGUAUUAUUUAAAAAUUCAUAAUUCUUAUUCAAAAAGAAAUACAAAUUUAUUGAAUAAAAAAAAAUAUAUAUAUAAAAAGAGAUGUUUCUCAUAUAAUAGUUUAAAUUCUAAAGAAAGUAAUAAUAAAUAUUUUUUUUUACCUAAAAAGAAGAAAAAUUCCUUAAAUAUUUUUAAGAGAAAAAUGGAACAUACUCCUAAUUAUAUUUCUUCAUUAAAUCAAAAAGAAAAAAAAACUUCAAAAAAUUCUUUAAAUAAUUUUAAAAUAUGUAGUUCUAAAAGUGGAUAUAUAUCAAAUGGAUAUAAUUAUUUUAAAACGAAAAGUUCUUAUAAUAGAAAAAAUUGUUUAUCAACUAGUAUUUCAUGUAACAUAAAUUCUUUUGGUUAUUCGAAAGAUAAAGAGAAGACACUUAAUGAUUUGUUAUCACAUUCUUUCACAAGUUCAGUUAUGCAUCCAUAUAAAAUUUCAUAUAAUUCUUCAAUUUUAAAAGAAGAAAACAAUAUAAAUUGGAAAUUAACAAAAACAAGAAAAAAAGAAAUUGAACAUGAUCAUAGUUUGAUAAAUAAACAAACUAAUAAUAAUGAAAAUAAUAGAGAUAUAUCAUUAUGCGUAUUUAUGGAAUUACGAAGUAAUAAGAAACUUAUAUAUAAUAAACAUUUUGUAAUAAAAAGAAAAAAAAAAAAUAGAAAUAACAAAAAAAUAAUUUUUCUUACACCUGUGCUAUUAUAUAUAUAUAUGGGUAAGAAUUCCAUUGUUCCUUCUUUUAUUUUCAGUUGCAAAGCAGUUGAAUUUGCUUGUCAAAAAAAUAAACAAUUACAAUAUGUAAAAUUUAAAUUAAAUUUGAGUAAAAAACUUAAUUUAUUUAAAUUUAUUCAUUUGAAAAAUAGAAUAAUUUAUUCUCAUAAAUCUUCAAGCAUCAAUAAAAAAAAAAAUAAAAGCGAUAAUCAAGUGAAUGAUAGCUGCAAAAUACUUGUUAGUAGCCAUAAGGAAAGAUAUGCUUGUAAUGAUAAAAUAGAUAUUGAUAAUUAUAAUAACAAAAGGAAAAUUAUUACAUAUUCAAAAUCAGGUAAUUUUUCCAUUCAUAAAUUUAAUAAUAAUGAUUUUUUUCUGUAUGUUCUAAAUUCUUAUAAUAGUUUUUCAAAUAAUAUAAUAUUUUAUAAUUUGAAUAAAAUCAAGAAAUCAUUAGCAAAUAUAAACAAUACCUCUAAUGGUAACUGUUAUUUUAAUUCUAUCAAAAAUGAAGAAAAUUAUUUAAUAAAUUUUCAAAAAAAUUCUCAUGAAAAGAAAUCUAUCUUUUUAUCUAAAUUUUCCAGGGAAAAAAAAAAAAGAAUAUAUCGUAAGAAUAGAAUUAAAAAUGAUAGAAAAGAAAAAUAUAAGGAAAAAACAAAUAAACUUUAUUUAUCAUUAAAAUGCAGUGUUAUCGAAAAUUUUACAUAUUCUCAUUUUUUAUUAAAAAAGAAAGAUAAAAUAACAAAUGCAAAAAAAUAUAAAUUUUCAUCAAGUAGUAAUAGUAUGAAGAAAAAUAAUUUUAUUAAUCAAACAUCUAAUUAUAAGAAAAAAAAAAAAAAAAAAGUAUAUUUUAUUUUAUAUGAUCAAAAAGAAAUUAAAGAAACUAAAAAUGAAACUAAAGUAAGUAGUUUUGAUAUAUUAGAAAUUUCAAAAAUGUAUAAAAAUAUAUCUUUAAAGUUAUAUAUAGAUAAAUUAAGUGUAAUUAUUGAUAACUCUUUUAAUUUUACUUUAUAUGGUUGUGGAAUAUAUUUUGAAAAUAGUCUGUUUAAAAAUUUUCUAAUAAGAACAUUAAUCCGUAAUAUGGUUCUUGAAGAAAUUAAUAAUUUUUAUUCUUAUUAUACGAAUUACGAAAAUAUGAAUUAUAAUUUAUUCAAUGACAAUUUAGACAAAAAAAUAGAACACAACAACUUAUCUUACACGGAAAAAGAAGAAUGCGAAAGACCAAGUACACUUCAUAGAAAAAAAAAAAAUUGGGCAAGAAAAAAAAAUUAUGAUAUUGCUUUAAAUGCAAAGAAUGAAAAUAAUUGUAAUAAUUACAGUUCAUCAAAUUUAAAUGAUUUUUUAAAAAGUGAUAUUAGUAAAAAUCAAACAACAGGAAGUGGCUAUAUUUAUAAUACUCUAAUGGAGAAAAUAGAAAAUGUAAAUAACUACUAUGUUCUAAAUUUAAUGAAUGAAAAAUUAAAAAAUAAUUAUAAUUAUUUUAAUAAAAAUAUAAAAACACAAAUAUUAGGUUAUAAGGAAAAAAUAAAAAAAAGUCCAAAAAAAAAAGCAUAUGGUUUCACUGAAGAUAAUUUCUGUACAGGUGUAUCUAUUGAAAACGAUUUUUUAGUUGAUAUAACAAUUACUCUAGAAAAAUAUAAAAGAAAUAAAAACGUUAAAAUAAAUUUAUCUUUUUAUUCAUAUGUGUUAUAUAUAUCUUCUCUUAUUUUACAAAAACUUACCCAAAUAGUAGACAAAAUCAUGCAAUUAGUUUUUAAGUACGAUGUUUUUAAUUUCUAUUUUAAUUAUAUAAAUUACAAUAAUUAUGUAAAUUCUAAUGAAUAUACAUCAAAUAUAUCUAAAAAUAAUAGGAAAAACAAUUUCUGUAAUUCUAGUAUCAGUAGUGAUAUAAAUAAAGAAUGGCAUAUAGCUGAUAAUUACUUAAGUGAACAUGAAAAUUGUAUUAAUAAGAAAGGGAAAAAUUAUUUUUAUUAUAAUAAUAAAAAUAGAAGUUUCCCAGUAAGUAACAAAGAAUUUUUUUUCAUAAAAAAAAAAAAAUUAUAUAUUUCUAAAAAAAAUAGUUCACUAUCAUAUAUUAAUCAAAGAAUCAAUAAAAACAUAAACUUUUUUAUAUCAAAUAUAAAGAUAACUUUUUUGCAAUCAUUUACUAAUACUUUUAUUAACAAAUUAGAAGUAUCUCUUCUUAAUAUUUUAUCUAAAAAUCAUAGUUAUCUGUUAAAAGUAGGUAGUAUCAAAUUUUUAAACUAUAAUAACAAAUAUAUAUUUUUUAGUAAAUAUGAUGAAGUUUUUAAUGAAAAACAAGAAAGAAAAACAAAAUUAAAAAAGAAAGAAAAAUAUACUAAAAAUAAAAUAAGUAAUAAAAUGAAAAAUAAAAAGAAUGAUAAAUUAUAUUAUGAAGUGAAGGACAAUAAUACAAACACAAACAUAAUUAACAAAAAGAAUGAUAGUAAAAAUAGAUGUUUUGUUUAUGCAAAAUAUUCUUAUGAAUCUAAAUUGUAUACUAUCAUAAAUAACAUAGCUAGUAAAACUAAUGAUAGGAUUAAUUGUAUGCAUGAAUUAAUUGUUCAAAUAAAUCAAUCAUAUAUCUAUUUAUUUUUUGUUGAUUUAUUGUUAUUAAAUCAAUUUAUCAACGAUUGUGUAAUUGCUAUUCUUCCCUUGAAAAAAAAAAUAUCCAAUAAAACUUUUUAUCAUAAUUUUAGAGAAAAUCUUUUUAAAAAAUAUAAAGAUGAUAUUUAUUUUUUAAAAUCAAAAUAUAUUUAUAAAGAUUAUUUAAAAUUUCAAAAAAAAAUGUUUAGCCUCUUUACAGUAUCUUAUGAAAAUAAGUGUAAAUAUAUAAGUUUUUUUGAAGAAAACAAAAAUUUAAGAAAAUAUAACUAUGUAGGAUGUAGAAAUUACUUAAAUAAAAACAAUUUUAUAUAUCAAAAGAAUAUUCUAUUUAAUACAAUGAGAACAAAUGAUAUCAAUAAAAAGAGAAAACCAAAUAAUAUAAAAAAAAAAGGAAAGAAAAACAUUCCUAUUAUUUAUCUGAUAGACAUAAAAAUAAAAUUGCCGUUAAUAAAUUUUUUAUCUUCCAGUAAAAAAAAUAAAAAAACUUUCUUUAUAAACCUAGGCACUGUUAAUGUAUAUAGUCAAAUAAAUUACAUAGAUAAACAUAAACAAAAUAUAAAAGGAAUUAAUCAUAUGUGUUUUCAUAAUUUUAAUAUAUUUUCUGCACUAUCUUUAUCUAAUAUUAAUAAUUUUAUUAAUGCAAGUGAUAAGAUGAAAAAAGAUAUAAAUGGAGAGAAUAGGAUACAAGAAAUAUUUGGUAUUUUUUACUAUUUAAAUAUUACUUAUAAAAAAGGAAGAUUAUUUUUAAAAUACAAAUUAAAAAAAAAAAACAAAAGUAGUGUUAUAAUUCCAUUAUCUAAUGAAUUUUUCAUUUCAUUUUAUUUAUUUAAAAAAUUAUCAAAUUAUCAAAAAAUAGAACAUCCUACUUAUUCAUCCAUUUCCAAUAAGAUGCAUAAAAAUACUAACUCAUUAUAUGAAGAAAAUAAAGAAAUAAAAUAUUUUUACUCUGAUUUUAUCAGAAAUUUUAAUAAUUCAUAUUCAAAUUCUAGGAUAUCUAUUUUAAAAAGUGAUGGAAAUAAUAAUUUAAGUGAAAUAUAUGAAGAAAUUAAAAAUCUCUUUCACAAAAAAUAUUCUAUAAAUAUACUAAUAGAAAUAAAAAAUUUAAAUAUAAUUUUCACUUCAGAAAUAUUAAAUAUAAUAAAAGAUAAUAUUAAUUCAAAAAACAAUAGCAUACUGAAUAAUAAUAAUUUAAUACCUUAUGAAAGUUUAAAUGAAGAAGAAAUUGCAUUUGGAAAUAACAAGAAGCAAAAAAAAAAAAAAAAAAAGAAAUGUGAUUAUUUAUUUUCAUUUAAUACCUUAAGUAACAAGGAAUGUAAAAGAAAUUUUCAAAAAAGCUAUAAUAAAAAGUAUUUUUCUCGUAAUAACUUAAAAUGCUUCACAUAUUUUUAUGAUUAUACAUGUACUAAGAAGAAAAAAAAGAAUUUUAAGGAUAAAACACAGGUCUUAAAAAAAAAAAAAUUAUAUUUCGAAAAAUUAUUUUCGUUAGUUAAUAAUAACUUAUUUCUUUAUUUUAAAUUAAAUUCUAUACAUGUACAAUUAAUUGACAAUAAUGCAAAUAAAUUAAUAGAAUUAGUCUUGCUUAGCUUAAACGUUUGGAAAAUUAAAAAGUUUAAUAUUUUUUGCUUUUGUUUAAAUGAAUUUACUAUAAAUGAAUAUAUAACUAAAAAUAUCUUUAAAAAGAAUUACAAAAAAGAAAUAGAUAAUAUUAGUAAAAGUGAAGAAUAUGGCCAGUCGAAAUAUAAACAUUUGUAUUCAGAUGUGUUUCAAGAAAAAAAUAUAAUAGAUCAUUGUUAUGCAGAACUUUUUGAUGAAAAUAAAAUUUUAAAUAAAUUGAAAAAAAAAGAAAAUUAUGAAAACAUAGGAUUAUUAAUGAAAUUAAAAAAAAAAUUUAAAAAUAUAAUACAUUCUAAAACUUUUAUAGACUCAUAUAAUCAGGAAAAGAGCCAUAAAGAAUAUUUAUUUAUUGAUGAAAGAAGGGAUUACUUAAGAGAGGAGGGCAUAUAUUAUAAUUCUACAAAUUAUAUAUAUAAGGAAAAACAAAACGAUUUAUUAUCUAUAUGUAUCUCAUCAAGAAAUAACAUUCACAAUUCAAUGAAUUAUAUUUUUAAAUUAAAAGGACAAAAUAAAAACCAUAAUGCAUUCUCUAUUUUUUCUGCUAAUGAAUUAUUUUAUAAUAGACUUAAUAAUGUAUGGAUAGACGAACAAACAGAUGUUAAACGUAAAUACAUAAAUGAAGAAAAAAAUAAAGAUAAAAUGGAAAAUGACAAACAAAUAAAAUACAUAGAAAAAAAUCAUACAUAUAAAAUUAAAGAAAAAAGGGAAAAUACUAAUUUUUUUAUGAAUAUUAUUAGUAUAAAUAAUAGUUCUGCUUCUAUAAAAACAAAUUUUUUGUAUAACAUUAAUGAUAAUAACGAUCUUUUAAAAAAUAAACAAAUAGAAUUUUGUAACCUUAUUUUUGAAAUAAAAAACAGAUAUAAACUAUUUUUAUUUACGAAGAAAAAUAAUUUAUUAAAAAGAAAAAAAAAAAAAAAUGAUAAAGAAAGAAUUCGUUCUUAUAAACAAUUAAAAAAAAUAGAUUAUUUAAUACACAAAUAUAACAAUCAAAAAAAAAGAUAUUCUUGCAUACUUUUAGAACAAAUUUUUUAUAUAACAAAAAAAAAAAAAGAAAGGAAAAAUGAAAAUGAAGAAAAAAUGAUUCAAAAUAAUAAUGAAAAAAUUAUAAUAAAUAACUUAAAAAAAGAAAAUAAUAUUUUUAAUAUUCUAAAAAAUAAUGGCAUAGUGAAAAAUAAACAGGAAAUCAGCAAUUAUUUGGAUGUUCAUAGAAAUAAUCUAAGUAAUUAUAAAAAUUUUAUUAGAAUUAGAGAACAGUUAAAGAAUAUAUAUCAAUUAAAAAAAGAAAAAAAAAAAAAAAGUGUAGGAAAAUCAAUAUUAACAAAAAUAAGAAUAAAUGAAUCAAAUAUAUGCAUAAACACAAUUGUGAUUAAUUAUAUUUUUAUAUUACUAAAAUAUGAAUAUUACUAUGAUAGUAAAUCAUUAUUUAAAAAAAGUAUUAAAAAUAUGUUCAAUUUACGUAAAAAUUCUGCUAAUACAAAUUUUUUAAAAGGAGUAAAUGAUGAAAAGAUAAGUAAAGUACGUUAUUCUAAUUCAGUUCUUGGUAAUAUUAAUGAUACACCAAGUAUUAACCAUUCUUCUCAUAAAAAUAAAAUUUUGAAAAAUUUUUUAAUUAAUAAUAAUUCUAAUAAAAAAUGGAGAUACGAAGAAUUUUUAAUAGGCGUAAGUGAUAUAUCAAAAAAUAGAAUUGCACAAAAUAAACUAAAAAGAAAUUCUAUUUUAAAUUUGAAUCUUGUGAAUUUUAAGAAACAUAAAUUUAUGUCAAACUUAAGUUGGCAAAAAUCUAAUAAUUAUAGCUAUUUAAAUGAGUAUUUUAAAAAGGAUAUAGAAGAUACUAAUACAAGACCAAGUAUAUAUGUAAAGAGUGAUAUUUCAAAUAUAAACUUAUUUAAAAGAAACUCUAAUGAGAUAUUAAAAAAAAAUGUUCUUAAUUUUUUUAAUAAAAAGUGGAAUUCCCUAAGUAGUAAUAAAACAUAUUUAAAUAACUUAAAUUAUAUGACUGAAAAAAUAAAAGGAAAAAAUAAAAAUGAAAAUAAGAAAAAACAAGAAGUAAUAAUACAAUCUUAUAAUAUGUAUGAAAAUGAAAGACUUCUAUUUUUAAAUUACAAUUUUUUAAAUAGUCAAUAUUUAUAUUCAAAAUUUAAGAAUACUUUAAAAAGAACUAAGAAAAGAAAAAAAAAGAUUAAUAAAUCUAAUAAGAAAAACUUUUUUCAUAAGAAGACUCCAAUGAAUCAUCAAAGUAAUAAAGAGAAUAUUAACUAUUUCAAUAAUAUAGCUUGGGGUAGUAGUGAUGAUCAAAAUAUUGCUUGUAAAAGAUACAAUAACAAAUUAAAAAUUAGUAAUGAAGCAAUAUAUAAAAAAGAUGUUUGUAAGAAGAAAAAAUCAUUAAGAAAUAACAAAAAUUAUAUAAAUUAUUCAUCAUUUCUAAAUGGAAGUAGCAAAGAAUAUAAAAUUCUGAAAAAAAGUUUAAAAAAUAUUAUUUUAGAGAUAAGAGAGAAAAAAAAAAAAAAAAAUUUUUUUAAAUAUAAAGAUAUAUAUAACAAGGAUUGUAACAAUGACAAAUAUAUAUAUAAGGAUAUAGAAUCUGAAGAUUAUUUCUUCCCUACUUUACCUGAACAAAAUUAUUCCCUUUUUAAGAAUUGUAUUUAUAACAAUAAUAGUUUUGUUUUUUCCAAAUAUUUAUAUGAUAUAUUUUUUUCAAAAAUUAAAAAAAAAUACAUAUAUAUGUUUGAAUCAACAAAUAAAAUAAUAACAAACCAAAUUACUACUCACAUAUAUAUUCAAAUACCUUAUUCCUCUAAUAUUUUUCAUGUUUAUUUAUCUACAUAUUUUUCCAACAUUAAAAAUUACGUUCAUCUAUUUAAUUGUAAUAAAAACCUUCUGAUUAACAAAGAUAGAGAAAAGAUAAAUAUUAAUAAAACAAAUGUCUGGAAUAAUGACUUAAUUAAUUGUAAAAACAAUAUCAAUAAUAGUAAUGGUAUUUAUGAUAUUUAUAUUAAAUAUGACGUAGACAGAAUUUUGAAACAGUCUUACAAUAAAAAAAAUAAAUCAGAAAUUAACAUAAACAAUAAAUUUCUGUUUUGUUUUAUAAAAAGCAAUAAAAAUAGAGAAAAUGUGAAGGAAAAUAAUUCGUUAGAUUCUAUGAAAAAAAAAAAUUCUUUUCUUGUUUUAGGUAGUAAAAAUGACAAUGAAAUAAACUCCGAUAUCUUUAUUAAUAAAAAUAUUUUUACGAAAAAUUUUUUUUCUCUAAAUAAUAAUAAUAAUAAUAUUAAGAAAAAAAAAAAAAAAAAUACGUAUGGCAACAGUAUACUUAACCUUUAUAGCAAUUUGAUGAAAAAAAAAGUUUAUAAAAACUCUUUAGAUAGGAAAUAUUUUACUCAUUAUUCAAAAUUUUAUAAAAAGCAGAAAAAAAAAAAAAAAAUUAUUUUUUAUCCUAUUUUAUAUAAAAAAAAAUUGUUAAAAAGAACUAAAAUUAAAUUAAUAUAUGAACAUAGUAAAUUACCUUAUAACAAAAAUUAUUUAGAAUCAUUUAUUGUCAAUAGCACUUUUAACAUUAAUAUAACCAAUUUAUCAAUUAAAUAUAUUAAAAAUUUUAAUCAAGAAAAUGAUUUUAUUUGUCAAAAGCAUAAUAAAUAUUUAAUGAAAUCAAACAAAUUUUGUGACAGUUUUACACAAAACAGUAACUAUUUUAAAUAUAUUGAUAAUAAAAAAAACAUAGAAAACAUAAAUGAACGAAACAAGUUAAAUGAACUAAAAAUAGAAAUCACUUAUAUAAUUAAUAACAAAAGUAUAAAUAAUAUAUUAGCCUAUAUUAAAAAGAAAAUUAAAAAAUUAGAAAAAUAUAAGAAAUUAAAUGAUUUAAAAAAAAAAAAAAAAAAUUCUUACAAUGAAAAAUAUAACUCUAUUUUUACAAGGAAAGAGAAUUAUAACGUAGAAAAUAAUAAUUAUUGUAAUAUUAAAGAAAAGGGAAAUUAUAACAAUACUAAUUUUUUAUUAAAACUAAAUAAGGGAUUGAUAAUAGAUAAAUAUGAUAAUAGGCAAAAGAUAGUAAUUUUAAAAGAAGCAAAUAUAUUAAAAAGUAGUAAUAUAAAAAAAAAACAGAAUAAAAAGUACUAUAAUAAUAUAUUAAAAUUUGCCUUAAAAAAGUGUUCUAUUCAUUUUGAUUACAAUGAUUUUGUUGAUAUUUUUAAUAUUUAUAAUUACAUAAAACCUGUUGGUUACAUAGACAAAAUGUUUGAAAAAAUUAAAAAGAAAGAAAAAAUUAAAAGUAAGAAUAAAAAUAAAAAUGAAUAUAAUGAGAAAAAAAAUAUUACAUAUGAAAUAAAUGAAAAAAAUAAAAAUAAUGAUAAAUGUUCUUUUAAGAACGGUUAUAAAAAUAAUAACAUAAAUAUACUUGAUAAUUAUAAAAGUAUUAUUAAAAGUAACUAUUAUUUUAAUAAUCUAAUUAAAAUAAAUGAUAAUAAAAAUUAUAUUUUUAUUAAUUCCUUAACUAGACCAUCUAAAUAUGCUUCAGAUUUGCUAAUAAAUAAAAAUAAAAAAGAAGUAAAAAAUGAUACUUUAAAUUAUUCUCACUUAACUAAUUACAUCUUCCAUGAUAAUAAUAUUUAUGAAAAUACAAAAUCUUUUAAAUUUAAAAAAAAUAUAAAUUUACCUCAUAUAAUAGAAUAUGAAAAAAAACAAAACAAAAUAAAAUUAGAUAGCAAUGAUAGAAAUAGUUAUAAAACAAGAAAAAUAAAAAUAAUAAUUGAAGAAAUUAAAGUAUUUAUAGAAAACAAUUAUUGUAUGAAAUGCUCUAAUCCGUUUUUAUUUUUUUUGUUAAAAAAUAUUUAUAUUAAUACAUAUGAUAAAUUUGAUUAUUUUUUUAUAAUUAAUAAAUAUAACAGUAUGAAGAAAGGUAAAUUAUCUUAUAAUAAAAUAUAUAAUAGGAAAGAAAAUUUAAAGAAUGAUAAACUGACAAAAAAAAAGAGCAAAAUUGAUAAUAUAAUAAUAAGAGAUUUUUGCGGGGGAAGUUCUCAUAAUUGUAAGUAUUUAUCAACGAUACAUUUAGAUAAGGAUAAUAAUAGAGAGGAGCUUGAGAAAUUUCAAAAUUUUUAUAAGUUCAUUAAUAAUUAUUAUUAUACUGAGUGUCAUGAAAAUAACAAUGAGGAAAAAAAAAUAGAAAAAAAUCCGAAUUUUAAAAAUACAACAAAAAAAAUGCUUCAAAAUGCAAAAAAAAAUUAUUUUUUAGGCAAUUUUAAUUUUAAAUUAUGCAUAUAUGAUAAAUUAGCAAACAGAUGGAAGAGUAUAAUUGAAGAAGUAGAAUUUUUCAUUAAAAUUAAUAAUUUAAAAAAAAUAAACAAUUACAUUGUAUUUACACAUAAAAUUUAUAUUAAUCUUACUCUUAAACAUUUUAAGUACUAUUUUGAAUUACUAAUAAAUAUUUAUUAUAGAAUAAUGAAAAAGAUAGAAGAAAACAAAUUAAUGAAAAAAAAAACUGCUAAAAGUAUAGUAAAUAUGUUUUUAAAAUUAAAAAAAAAGAUGGACGAAAAUAAUAAAAAAGUAAAUAAAUGUAAAAAAUUAAAUAUUGGAAAAGGCGCUAAUCAAAUAAAAAAGCAGGGAGAAGAGUAUAAAACAUUAAAAGAUAUGGAAAUUGAAAAUAGUAACAGCUUAAUGACUAAUGAAAGCAAAAAUUCUUAUUUCAAUUCAACUUCUUUGAAUAAUAAAUCAGUAAAAAAUGAUGAAAUUAAGACCUUAAAAGAUUUUAGUGAAAGAAAGGAAGAACCAGCAAAUAACAAUGGAUUUCUUUUGUUACAUAAAGAACACUCAAAUUAUUAUGAUAAGACAAUAGAUAAUAUGAAUAAUCUUAAAAUAAGAAAUGAAAGGGAAAAAAAAAUUGUUUAUUUUUCAAAUAUAUAUCCUAAAAUAAUUGAUUAUUUCGAUUUAAAAAAAAAAAAAAAAAAUUAUAUAUCAUAUUCAUGUAAUAAUAUAAAUAAUUAUUAUGUAAUGUUCCAUAAUUGUAGUGGAUUAAAAGUAGGGAUACAAUUAAAAAAAAGGAAAAAAAAAAAUAUCUAUACAAGUAUUUUAAAUAAUAAUAUGUACACAAAUCACAAGAUUAAAUUUCGAAAAAUUAUAAAUCGAAAAAAGAAGAAAGAGAAAAUUAAAAGAAAUAGUAAUAAUAUGGAAAGAAUGAUUCAAGGUGUAAAUAUAAAUAUGCUAAAAAAAUUGAAAACAAAAUGUAAAUAUUUUUAUAAAAAAAAUUAUAAAAAAAAUAAAGUAAUUUUACCAAAUAAUAUAUAUGUAGGAUUGUCAAGAAGUAUUAAUAAAUCGAAUGUAUACUGUAAAUGUAUAUUAAGCAUAAAAAUUUAUAAAACUGAAAUUAACUUAGGUGAAAAAUGGAACUUAUACUUAAAAGACAAAAAAAUAUUUAAAUUAAAGAAUGUAGAUAUUCUAAGAUUUCCUGAAGUAAUUCCUGUUUUCGUUAAUAAUAAGGAUAAUAAGAAAGAAAAUAUUAUGUUAAUUGUAUCAAAAACUGACAAAAAAAGCAAAAUUUUAUUUUUACAUUUUAUUUCUCCUCUUAAUUUAUACAAUUUUUCAAGUUUUCCGUUAAAUUAUAAAAUCGUCUUCUAUAAAAAAAUUUAUGAAAUUAUUUAUUCUAUUUGUAAUUAUAUAAAACAAAUAAAGAAAGAAGAAAUAAAAAAAAAGAUUCAGGAUAUUUUUAUCAAUAGUAAAAAAAAGAAAACAGAUGAAUUAUAUUUUUACAUAAAAAAAAAAGAUACAUAUAUAAGUAAGAACAAGAAAAUAUAUAAUAUAGAAAAAAUUUUAAAUAAUAAACACUUUUCUAAAACAAAUUAUAUGUAUAAUACUAAUAAAAAUGUUCAAAAUAAUUAUAACAAAAACUAUAAUCAAGAAAAUUAUGAUAAAGAUAUUCAUAUUUUAAAUGACUUAGAUCCUUAUAAAUAUAUUUAUAAUAAUAAUAAUCUUAGAGAAAUAUAUGAUGAUGACGAUAUCAAUAAUAAUAAAAGUAAUGGAAAUAAUGAGGACUAUAAUAAUAAUGCUAAUUACAAUAUGGAUACUCAUAAAUUAAAUGAAUUACAUUUACUAAAGAUUAUUUAUAUAUAUAAUUUAAUUAAAAAAAAAAUUAAUAGAAACAAUAUAAAAAAAAGAAAGGAUGUCGAAAAUGAAAAAAUUAAUUCAUUAAUUAAUUAUAUUAAUUUUUAUGUAAGUAAUUGUAUUAUUAACAAAAAAAUAAAUAUAAAUAUUCUUUGUGUAAUUAAAAAAAAAUCCUCUAUAAAUUUAUUACUAGAAAAGGAUGUAUCAGGUUUAAUUAUAAAAAGAAUGUUGCUUAAUGGAAACGAUAUUAUAUCUUUAAAUUCUUUUAUUUUAAAUAAUAUAUAUGGGAUAAAAUUUUAUUUUCCUUAUUGUAAAAAAGGAAUAAAUGACAACACAGAUAAUAGUAAUGAUAGUAUCACAAGAAAAGAAAAGCAAUAUUCACAUAUAAAAAAAUGCAUACAAAAUAAUAUGAAAAAUAGUGAAAAGAAGAUGGAGUUCUUAGAAAAAAUUGAAAUGUUUAACAAAACUAAAACUAAGAAAAAUAGAGAAAUCAAAUUUUUAUCUAAUGAAAAUUUAAGUCAUACAAAAAAUGAACCAUCAGUUGUAAUAAAUAGGAAUAAUAAUACCGAAAUAAAAAGAAAAAAAAAAAAAAACCUAUUUAAAAUAGAAAAAGAAUCAUCAUCAGAUGAAAUAUAUUAUAAAAGCAUAUGUAUAAGAAAAAGGGUAUAUGUAUAUGCAAUAUAUAUAAAUAAAUAUUAUAAAAUAUUUAAUUAUAAUAUAAAGGAUAGUUCGUUGUUUUUAAAAAAAAAAAAAAUCAAUGAAUCACAAAAAUCGGGAGUUGAUGAAAAUGAAAAUCAUAAGAAUAAUGAAUCAUUAAAUUAUACUUUAAAUAAUUAUUUUUUGAAUAAUUCUUUGAAAAAUGAAGAUAAUUUUAUAGAGAAUGAUUCUAUAUAUGAUAAAAAAAUAAAGCAAUCAUUUGUUGGUACAUUUAUAGUAAAAAAUAUUAUUAUAAAAAAUCCUGUAUGCAUAUAUAAUUAUUUAUUUAAUGGAUUUUUUUUAUAUAUCUAUAAUAGCUUAAAAAAAAAAGAAAAUAAUAAAAAGAAAAACAAAUUUAUUUUUGUUAGUUCAUAUGGAUAUCAUUAUUAUAUGAAUUUAAAAAAAUUCGAUCAAAUUUAUAUAGAUUUAUAUUUUUCUGAAAAUACAUACAUAAAAAAUUAUUUAAUAUGGGAUAAUAAUAGAGAGAACUUAAAUAAUUAUAAUAAAAAUAAUUAUAUUACUACUACUACUAUUAAUAAUAAUAAUAUUAGUAAUAAUCACAUUAAUAAUAGUACUGAAAGUAAUGAACAUAAUAUAAGAAGUAAUUUAAAUACAUAUGAAAGUAAUAAAGAAAAUUUUAACAAAAACAUUUCUUUAUGUUCUGAUCAUAAAAUAGAAAAUGAAAACUUUCAAAGUAAAAAAAGAUCUAUUUAUAAUUGUUUUAAUAAUUUUUCUAAUUUAAAAAAUUAUAGUUGUAAUAAAUUGAAAAAUAGAAUAUUAAAUAAUUGUUGUUUUAAAUGUAAAGGAAAAAAAGAACAUAUUCAAACCAAUUUUAUAAGGAUUCGGAACAAGAAUAAUAACAAUGUAAUUGAAUUAAUUGUAACUGUAAUAAUUAAUAAGGAUAAUAACAUAUUAGAAACUAAUUUAAUAUACUCAAACAUUUCUUCUUUUGUAAGUAUUAUUAUUUUUUCUCCUAUAGUUAUUAUUCAUAAACUGCCGUACAAUUUCGACUUAAUGAGCACAUAUUAUUUCAGUGAUAAAAAAGAAGAAUAUAGUUAUGAAAAUGUUUGCAAUGCAUAUUAUUUAUGUAAUAAUAUUUUCAAAAUAAGAUUUUAUAGACAGAAAAAUUUCAAUAAAGUUAUGCAUUUCUUACCUAAUUCGUUUAAUGAAGACAAUUAUGAAAAGAAAACAUUACAUGGUGAUUUGGAUAAAAAAAAAAGUUGCAAUACAUAUGAUAUAAUAAAUACAAAGAAUAUAAAUCUAAAUAAAUUUGAAUUAUUUAAAAAAAGAAAUAAAAAAGAUAAAACAAUAUACUUUGAAAAUAACAUAUUGAAUAGCAAUCAGUAUAUUAAUAUAUCAUCAAAAUAUAUUAAUGUAAUUCUUAAGAAACAUAAAAAUAAUUUAGGAUUUCUUUAUAAUUCAGAUAAUAUAAUUUAUGAACUAAAUUACAGAAAAAUAAUGAAGCAUAAAGAAUAUUAUGAUAAAAAUUUAGUAAUUAAAAAUUAUGUUAGCAUCGAAGAGAGAGAUAAUUAUGAUGAAGAAAAAAAAAAAAAACUUUUAUUUUUUUAUAAUUGCAAUAAUUAUAUUCAAGAUAAAAUAAAAAGUAAUUCAAUUCAUUUAAAGAAGAAAAAAACCACAAAUACCACUUAUCGAAAACUAAAUAAAAAUAACGAAAAAAUAUAUAGAUAUGAAUAUGAUAGACUAAUAAAUUUCGAUGUAAAAUGCCUAAUUAAGGUAAAAUCUUUUUUUAAUUAUUACAACUGUGAUAAUAAUUAUAAUAUUCCCUUUAUUAGGAUACUUGAUUAUAAUAGAAGUUUCAUUGAUUAUGAAAAAUACUUUGAAGAAUUUAAAAAUAAUUAUUUUCCUUCUAUUUUUAUUUAUGAAUUAUUACCUCAGUAUAUUUUUAUUAAUAAUACCGACUUAAAUCUUGAAUUAAAAUAUUACUAUUUAAAAAAAAAAAAAAAUACAAGCAAAGAUGGAGAAAUUUUAAAUGAUCACAUAAAAUGUAAUAAAAUAAAAACUGACAGUUUUAAAAAAAAUAAUAUUAAUGAAGCAAAUAAUUUCGAUAAAUAUACAAAUCAUUUAUAUAAUAAUAAUAAUAAUAAACUUAAGAAUAAUACAUAUGAUGCUAAUAAUACAUCCUUUAAAACUUUAUUCAAUCAAUUGAAUUCUUAUGAAUUAACUCAAGAUAAAAGUAUCAGUGAGGUAAAUAAUAUUAAUAAAAACAAAAAUGAUAAUAAAAUAAUAAAUAAAAAGUUUAAAUAUGAUAUUUUUGAUUUGAAAAGAAAUUCUUGCAGAAUUAUAGAUUUUUAUAAUAAAAAAAAUAAUUUAUUUUUAAUAAGAUUAAAAAUUGAUUCUAAUAAGUUUUUUCUUUCCUUUAAGAAUGGUGGAUAUAAUAUAAAUAAUGAAAAAAUCUAUGAAAAGAUGAGAAAGAUAAUUGAUAAAGAAAAAAAUGUAAUAAGAAAAGUAAAAAAUAAUUCAAUGAACAAAAAUUCUCUAUAUAGGGCAUCUAUUUUGUGCUUAAAAAAAAAUAUAAACAAAAAGAAAAUGAAUAAUAGUUUAAGAAAUUUAAAAAAGGAAGAAAAUAAUUAUAAAAAAAAAAAAUUAUAUUUAAAUGAAGAAAAUUUGUAUUUUCAUUAUAUGAAUGUUGGAAAUAAAAAUAUUAAAGAUUUUUUUAUUGAAGAAAAAAAUAACUUAGAUAAGAUAAGAAAUUCAUUAAAUGAAAAAUAUAAUCAUCAUCAUGUUAAUCAUAAUAGCAGCAAAUUAGAAAAUUCCAGAAUAAAACAGAAUACUUUUUUCAUGUCUUAUAAUAUGCCUUGGACAUAUGGUAUUUUGAUUAACCAGUCUGAUGAUAAUUUAAAAGGAAACAAUAUUUAUAAUUAUAAAAAAGAUGAAAUGCAAAAAAAAAAGAAUAACAAAUAUAAUUGUAAAUCUGGACAAAAUUCUAUAGAAGAAUGUUAUAGUAACUUAAGAAAUAUUAAUAAAAAAAAGAAAGAAUACCAAGCAAUUGAAAAUAUUUCUAUAAAUAAAAAUCUCAGUAAUAAGAAAUUGUGCAGUCAAAAAUUUUAUCAUUCCGAUAAUGAAAAUAUAGAAGAUGUAAAUAGAAUUUAUAGAAAGAAAUAUUCUGAAGACAAAAAGAGCAAUUGUUUUAUAGAAAAUAGAAAUAGGUAUGAAUUUCUAUCAAAUAGUACAUCGUUUGAUAUUGAUGAUAUAUCAUCUAAUUACAUAUUAAAUAAUAAAAGGAAGAACAAAAAAAAAGAAAAAAAUAAUAAUAAUAAAUUUUUCAAUCCCGUGUUCAAUAACUUAGAAAGUUCUCUUAAUAGUUCUACUGAAAAAAAUAUUGUUCAUGAAAAUUUAAACAAAAUUAAAAUAAAUAAUUAUAGAAUUUUAAAAACUGAUAGUAACUAUAAUAAUAUCAAUAAUUAUGAUCAUAAUAAUAAUUCAUUUUAUACAUCAUAUAAAGAAAAGAAAAAAUUAGGGACAUAUAUUUCGGGAAAUAGUUUUUAUAGCAAUAAAGUGAGAUAUUUUGAUAAAGCAAAGAAUAUAAAUACAUUUUUUUCAAGUAGUAAAAUCAAAGAAAAGAAAGAGAAAUCUAACUAUUUAAAAAACUGUUUUAAAAAAGUGCAAUAUUCUUUAAAAAAUGAAAAAAUGAAAAGCAAAGAAGUGGAUACUUUUCAAAGAAAGUGCUUAAACGAAACCAUUUUGAGUUAUAAUGUUAUACCUCUAAUUAAUCAUUUCUCCAACAUUUUAUAUAUUCUAGAAUAUUUUAUAUACGUAGAUGAAAAUUAUAUUACAUAUAUAUAUAUACAAAAGAAUAAAAAGUUUCCUAUGUAUUUUCAGAAUCAUUUAAAUUCUUCUUUAUUUUUAGUUUACAAUAAUGUUAGUGAAGAAGAAUAUAUAGAAAAAGAGCAAGAAAAAAGAAAUAAAAAAAAACAAUUAUAUUUAUUUUCAUAUGAUAAUAUAAAACAUGCUAAUAACAUUAUAAAUAAAAAGGAAUUUAGCAAUUAUCAAAAUGAAAAAUAUGAAAAAAUUCCUUCUUAUGAAAAAAAUUUUAACAAUCCUAAAAAACAAAAUCUUAGUCUGUUUUUAAAUGAACCGAGUAUUGCUUUUAAUAACAUAAUACCUAAUUCUUAUUUAAUUACUCAAAAAAGUACAUAUCCACUGUUUUUAAAUUUAUUUUUUAAAGAUUGCUCAUAUUGCAAACAACAGCUAUUAAACAAAACUUAUUACAAAAAAGGAAAAAUAAAAAAUAAAAAUAAUUUAAGUAUGAAUAAUAAUAAUAUCAAAUCAAAUAAUAGAAACAAUAUUAGUCAAAAUAUAAAUAAUGAAAACUACAGAAAUGAUGAAGUAAUAUUUAAUAAUAGUAAAUUUUGUAAAUUUUUAUUAUCGUAUGAUUCUUUACAUAUUAAUAAAAUUAAUUGUAUUUUCUGUUAUAAUGAUUAUAAAAUAUUAAAAAGGAAAAAAAAACAAAAAGAGAUUCAUUUAUAUUUAAAAAAUAAGAAGGUAUUUUCCUUUAAUCCUUUUGAAAUAAAUGAUAUGAAAAGAAUUUAUAUGGGUGGUGGUAAUCUAUUACAUUUAUAUACAUAUAUGUACAAAAGUAUUCUUAUUACAUCUAUUUUUAAUUUAAAGAAAUAUAUCUUUACGAAAGAAUUGCUUUAUUAUAAUAUCAAUAAAAUAAAAAAAAUCAUAAAAAAGACAGAAUUAUAUAAAAUAAAAAAAAAAAAUAAAAAAAAAAAUAUUACCAAUAUUUUUUUCUAUGAUAAAAUAAAUAAUAAUAUAAAUGUUCAUAGAAAUACUAAAGGAAAUAAAAACAAAGAGAAGAAAAAGUUAAAAGAAAAAAAAAAAAAGAAACAAACACAAUAUAAUAAAUUAAAAAAUAUUUUAAAUAAGAAAAAGACUGAAACAAAAGAAUAUACUAUAAAUAUUAUUAAGAUUAUAAUUAGUUUUAAUAAUAAUAAUGAAGAAUUCAUGCAAAUAUCUAUGAAUAAUAUUUUGUUUAAACAGAAUAUUUAUUUUUUUAAUUCAUUAAAUAAUAUUUUUAUAAAUUAUUAUUUUUUUUUAAAAAAUUUAAUUAUUCUAAAUAAUCAUAAAAAUAAGUUUAAUAAAACUGUAUUCACUUCGGUAAUAUUUAGUAAAAGAGAUAAUAACAGCAAUGAAGACGCAAAAAGCUGUGUAAAUUGUAUUGGUAAAUUUAAUAACGGUGAUGAAUUUGAAUUAUUAAAAGAAUCCAAUGAUAAUAUCAUUGAAAAUGAUUCUAAUUUUUCUAUCUUUAAUAAUAACCUUUGUUACAAUCUAAUGAAGAAAAAUUAUAAAAAUUGUCGAAAAGUUGAUUAUAAAACAAGUGGAUAUAUUAAUAAUUGUUAUAGAGAUAAUAUUAAGUCUUGUAGGAACAAUUGUAAUAAUAUUGGUCAUAAUUAUAGUAAUGAUAUCUGCAUAUAUAAUAAAAAAUGUAAUUGUAAUAAUUUGUUAAAUGAUAAUAAUAAUUCACCUAAUAUAAAAAAAAAGAAAGAUUCAAAUUUAUUGGCAAUUCAAUGUAGAUGUAAAAUAAGAACAAAUGAUAAAAUAGAUAUUAUAUAUAACUCCUUUAAAAAUAUAAUAGAUAUAGAAGAAUUAACUAUAAAUAUUAGUUCAUUAUAUGUAUAUAUUGAUUUCAAUUUUCUUAUAUAUAUUUUUAAGACUUUAAUCCAUCCUUUACUUGAAUAUAACAAUUAUAAAAAUAAUAGCAUAAGAAAAAACAAAAUAUAUUAUUGUAAUUCAUUUAUGUAUACAUAUCCUUAUAAUAAAUUUAUUCCAUUUUAUAGAAACGAUAAUUAUUUAGGUAGAAAUAGAAACAGUUGUUACGAUUUAUCUUUUUUUUCGUAUGAUAACAAUAAAUAUACUCAAUUAUUACAUAAUGAAAAGGCAUUUAAAAAUAAGCAGAAUAAAGUAAAUAUAUUACAUAAUACAUUAAAAAAAAAAAGAAAAGGAAACAUACAUAAUUACGAAAAAUAUAAUAAAUUUUUUAAUAAUAAUAAUAAAGAGCAAAAUCAUUUUUUUUAUUUUAAUGAAUUAAUGAAUAAUGGAAUAAUAUACAAACAUAACUAUGUUAGCAAAAAAGAAAUAUUAUAUAAUGAAAGCCUCAGUUAUAAAAAUUAUGUAAUAUCAAUUAUUAAAAAAAUUAAGAAAAAAAAUUAUAAUUCUAUUUUCAUAAAUAAUUUAAAAUUUUCUUCUUUGAAUGUGAAAUAUUCCAUUACUUUUAAUAAUAGCUUUUGUAAAAAAAAAAAUUAUUUUUUAAAUAAUAUUAUAAGGUUACUGAAUAUACAUAAUUCUUAUUUAUUUUUAAAUAGUUUAUCCAUUCGUAAUUUAUUCACAGAAAAGUCACUAGCAUUGAAAAAUAUUUUUCAAUUUUUUUCUUAUUAUUUUUUUUAUUUCAUUUUAUAUUUUUUUUAUUCAUUGGAUAUGAUAGGAAAUCCAUCUUAUUAUUUAUAUUUAUUAAAAAACUAUAGAGAAAAACAGAACGAAGAAGAAGAAAAAAAAAUGAAGAAAAAAAAAGAAGAGCAAAAAUACCAUAUAUAUGACCAGUUAUUUAUUAAUAAAAAGAAGAAAAGAAAUAGUAGAAUCAUAAAUUACGAUAAUUGUUUGUAUUUAAAAAGAAGUAUAAUGAAAAUUCUUUUAUUAAUUAAAAGGCAUAUUAAUUUUUUUAAUAGAUCUUUUUCUCACAAUUUUUUAAAAUUAAUGAAACAUUUAGUACAACUGUUGUCUUUUUUUACUUUUGAUCAAAAUUUUGUUGAUUCUAUUUAUGAAAAACAAAAUCAUAUUAUUAUUUCAAAUAGAACAAUAAUUAAUCAAUUUAAAUAUUAUUUAAAUCGUAUAUAUAUAUGUGUAAAUAAUAUAUUUCCUUCUAUUUUUAAAAAUUCUUAUAAUUUUAUAAAUUGGAGAAAUAGCCUUUUAGAAAUACCAGUGGGUAUUAUUUUUAAUAUGCACAGCUUAUUUAUAAAGGGUUUAACUAUUUUAAUUUAUAUUUCUACAAAUCUUUUCUUUUUUAAUAAUAAUUUAAAAAAAGAAAACGGCAGAAAUCUUUUAAAAAUAUACUAUGAAAAUACCUAUCCUUCUAAGUUAUCAUUUGGUUUUUUUGAAAUGAUGAAAAAAUAUAGUAUUGAAAAUUAUUUAGUUUUAAAUAUAAUACAAAAUUUAAAUCUUCAUAUGAACGGCUAUUACAUUAAUCACAUUUUUAAUUUAAUGAAUGGUUUCCUAGUAAUAUUAAUAAAUAAUUAUAUAUUUGUAAUAAAUAUUUUUGGAAAAAAAUUAGAAUACUGCUAUGAUAUAUUUGACAUAGUUAAAAUAAAAAUUAAAAAAUUUUCAAAGAAUAAGAAUUCUCUUAAUUUAUCAUCAAAUAAAGUUGCAGUUAAAAAUUCAUGCAAUUUAUAUAUAUAUAUAAAAUUAAAAAAAAAUAAUGAUAAUUCUUAUGUUAUAUUUAAAAAUAACUUACUUUCUCUAAAAGACAUCCAUGAUAAAAAUUGUUCUGAUUUAUUAACACAGAAUACUAACAUUCAUAUUAUUAAUGUUAUAGAUGUAAAUUAUAAAAAAGCAAAACUGUUUAGAAAAAUAUUAAUUGAUAUAAUUAAAUAA